AUGAGUUACUCAACCGUCCGCACCUCUACCUCGUACCGCCGGGCCUUUGGACCAACCACGCCCAUGAGCUCCUACACCCCCAUCUCCUCCUACGCCCCCGCCUCCUCCCGCCUGUCCCGCUCGGCGGGGCACCACCGCAGCUCCGCUUCAUACCUGAGCUCCGCGUCGCCCCUGACCUCCCGUUCGAUGGGCUACAGGGUCCGCUCCAGCACGCCCGCCCCGCGCAUCUCCUACGACAAGGUGGACUUCUCCCUGGCCGAGGCCACCAACCAGGAGUUCCUGGCCACCCGCAGCAAUGAGAAGGCGGAGCUGCAGGAGCUCAACGACCGCUUCGCCAGCUUCAUCGAGAAGGUGCGCUACCUGGAGCAGCAGAACGCCGGGCUGCAGGCCGAGCUGGGGCGCUACAAGGGCCAGAAGCAGGAUAGCGGGCGCGCCAACGACGUCUACCUGCGCGAGCUCCGGGAACUCCGGCAGCAGCUGGAGGCCGUGGGGAAGGAGAGGGACCACAUGCAGGUGGAGAGGGACAACCUGGCCGAGGACCUGGCCCUGCUCAACCAGAGACUAGAGGAUGAAGCUCAAAAACGAAUGGACGCUGAGAACAACCUAGUUCUUUUCCGCAAGGAUGUGGAUGAUGCUACUCUGUCCCGUCUGGAGCUGGAGAGGAAGAUUGAGUCGUUGAUGGAUGAGAUUGAGUUCCUGAAGAAGAUCCAUGAUGAGGAGAUCCAGGAGGUGCAGGUGAGCGUGCAGACCCAGCAGCUGCAGGUGGAGAUGGAGACGGCCAAACCGGACCUGACCGCCGCGCUGAGGGACAUCCGGGCCCAGUACGAAAACAUCGCCUCCAAGAACAUGCAGGAGGCGGAGGAGUGGUACAAGUCCAAGUUCACUGACCUGACCGACUCUGCCAACCGGAACACCGAGGCGCUGCGCCAGGCCAAACAGGAUGUCAAUGAGUCCAGGAGGCAGAUCCAGUCUCUGACCUGCGAAACGGAGGCUCUGAAGAGCACGAACGAGGCGCUGCUGCGGCAGAUGCGGGACAUGGAGGAUCAGUUCGCGGUUGAGGCGUCCGGGUAUCAGGACACGGUGUCCAGCCUGGAGCAGGAGAUCCGCCACCUGAAGGACGAGAUGUCCCGCCACCUGCGCGAGUACCAGGACCUGCUCAACGUCAAGAUGGCGCUGGACAUCGAGAUCGCCACCUACAGGAAGCUGCUGGAGGGGGAAGAGAGCCGCAUCACUGUCCCCAUUCACAACCUGUCCUCCAUGAGUAUGCGCAACUCUGAUUUUGACCACCCUCCAACCACGCACUCUAAAAAGACGGUUCUUAUAAAGACCAUAGAGACCCGUGAUGGGGAGGUGGUGAAGGAGUCCAAAAAGGACAGAGAAUUUGACCAAGAUGCUUAGACAGUGAAACCUGCCAUUUGUUCCAGUCCCAAAGGAAGAAAAAAAGAAAGAAAGACAAAGAACAAACAUAAUGUCAACACCCCCCUUCCCUGUCCUGACCUCCCACCAUUCCUCUGUACCUGUACAGCCUCGUUCAUCCAUGAGCCAAACCCAUAGCCUGGAUGGAGUUUAAGCACGGCACGUGAUAAUAAACUGGGAUGAUAUUCCCACCUGUCAGCUGGCCAGGUGUGAAUCUCCAGCAGUCCUCUUUUACCUGCUUCCGUCUGCUACCAUAGAGAUCUGCUCCUGGAGAGCCGCAGGGUCUGCUGAUUUCCAUUGUUGCUUUGCUCUUAACAUUUAUUAAAGUAUUAAAGCAGUCGAUCAUCCGUUAAUAGGUUAAUUCAUUAACACCCCACCUUUUUGAGUGUGAAUUAGCUGAUGACUUACAGGUGAAAACUAAAAGCAGCAAACCUCUGCAACUGUCCAGGACCAAGAUUGCAAACACCUGCACUAAUGCAAAUACGUUAGCCUACAUGUUUCAUAUUUAUUAUGCUGAGCCCUGAGGAAAGGAGAGGUGAUGCGCGUCCAUCCACUGUUGCUUCUGGUUUGAUAUGAAUGGUGUCUGUAGCGUAGCAGCCUGCUUUAUUCUCCCAUCAUGCACUGGGAUCCCUCUCCUUUUCAGUAAUUAUGCAGUGAGUGAGUAAUUAUGCAGUCCCCCCCCCCCACCCAUCCAAGGCCUAUCUGUAGCACUACCUUCCCCACUGUCUGACUGGACAAUAUGGCUGAUGGCUUGUCUUUAUGAGAAAAAAAUGAUAAUAAAGUUAUGUGGAACAAUCCUG